AUGAUCAAUGUUAAAGAGAAAAAAUUAAGAGAACUAGUCACAGAUGAAAAGACACAAAGCAAAAUGAAAGAGACAUUAUCAACCAAUUUUGAAAUAAUGAAGAAAAACCGAGAAGGAAUGAAAGUUGCUGGAUUAAAUGAAAUUAGGAUAAUAAUAAAAUACCCAUUCAAGACGAAUAUUUCAUUAAAAAAGCAACUUGAAGAUCAAAACACAUUAUUAGAUUGUGUAACAACAAAUAAAUCAUUUAUUCAUUUAGCUUUGAGGAUAAGAGGAGGUAAACCAGUGAUUUUAUUGUAUGACAACGAAAAGAAGAGAAAUGAAGCAAUGAGUGUGAAUAUCAAAUUUAAUGAAGCAAUGAACAUCGAAGCAACAUAUCCAGAAAUUAAAACAACAGAAGAAAGUGAGAAAAUAAAAGAGUAUGAAUGGAAAGGAACAUCUAUUAGUGAUGGAGAAAAUAAUUGUAAACUAACUGUUGAUAGAAAGGAGGUUGAAUAUUUGUUUUGGGAAGAUGUUUGUUUAAAAGAAUCUAAGUUUGAAGAACAACAAAUUAGAAUUAAUCAACAACACUUUGAGACGAAUUAG